AUGGAUGAUGACUCAGUGUUCGAUGAUUCCAUCUUGAAUGAUGAAGAAGGAUCUGAGUUUGAGGAGCCCGCGCCGAAACCCAAAGCCAAGCCCGCUCCCAAAAAGGCCCCUGCCCAAAAGAAAAUGACCCAGUCCACCCUCACCGGAAAGAAACCAGCCGCCAAAUCGACCGCUUCGAAAAAGCGUGCCAAGCCAGACAGCGACGACGACGACGACAUGUCCGACGGCCUACCCUCCGAUGAUGACGAUGCCAUGUCGCAGACCCCUCCCAAGAAAGCAAAGAAGGCCCCUGCUGCGAAGAAGGGUGGAUCCAAGCCGCUUGCCGACGUCGAGAAUGAGUCGUUUGGCAAUGACGACGCCCCCAAGGACCAGAACUCAUCAGAGAAGUACCAGAAACUUACACAAUUAGAACACAUUAUCAAACGUCCAGAUACGUACAUCGGGUCCGUCGAACGUACUACGCAGCACAUGUGGGUAUACAGCACCGUGUCGGAGGGAAUGGAAUACCGAGAGGUCUCGUUCGUGCCGGGUCUCUACAAAAUCUUUGACGAAAUCGUCGUCAACGCCGCCGACAACAAGCAAAACGACAAGAACAUGAAUGAAAUGCGCGUGACCGUCGACCGCGAGUCCGGUGAGAUUAGUGUCUGGAACAAUGGUCGUGGUAUCCCCAUCGAAAUGCACUCCAAGGAAGGAAUCCACAUCCCCGAACUCAUCUUCGGUCACCUCCUCACCUCUUCCAACUACGAUGAUACCCAGCAGAAGGUGACCGGUGGUCGGAACGGUUUCGGUGCCAAGCUCUGUAACGUCUUCUCCACCGAAUUCACCGUUGAAACGCAGGAUUCACGCCAGAAGAAAAAGUACAAGCAGACUUGGACCUCCAAUAUGACCAAGAUGGGCAAGGCCAAGAUCACGGACGCUUCCAAAGGCGAGGACUACACCAAGGUCACCUUCAAGCCCGAUUACCCCAAAUUCGGCAUGGAGGGCAUGGACGACGACUUUGAGGCCCUUGUCAUGCGUCGUGUUUAUGACUUGGCGGGAACUGCCAAGGUGGGCGUCAAGUUGAACGGCAGCCGUAUCCCGAUCCGCACUUUCAAGAAGUACAUGGAAAUGUUCACCAAGGCCAUCCGCAGAGAACGUGGUGACGAUGGCCCCGGAUCCAAGGAUGAGAUCAUCACUUGCAGCCCCGAUCCGCGCUGGGAGAUCGGUUUCGCCGUGUCAGAUGGCGCCUUCCAGCAGGUCUCGUUUGUGAACUCCAUCGCUACGACCUCGGGCGGUACCCAUGUAAACUACAUCGCGGACCAGAUCUGUAACCGGUUGGCCGACGAGGUCAAGAAAAAGAACAAGAAGGGUGCCACUCUCAAGACUGCCCAGAUCCGGAACCACAUCUUUAUCUUUGUCAAUUCAUUGAUCGUCAACCCAGCCUUCAACUCCCAGACCAAGGAACAGCUCACCACCAAGGCGUCGCAAUUUGGAAGCAAGUGCCCUCUUGAGGAAGAGUUCUAUAAGAAGAUCCUAAAAACCGAAGUCAUGUCCAACAUCCUGCACUUCGCCGAGCAAAAGGCCGACCAGAUGCUGAAGAAAAGCGAUGGCGGUCGCCGUUCUCGCAUCAACAACCCCAAGCUGGUCGAUGCCAAUAAGGCUGGCACCAAGGACGGUCAUCACUGCACGCUGAUCCUGACAGAAGGUGAGUCAGCCAAGGGUCUGGCCAUGGCUGGGCGUGCCGUUGUCGGUCCGGAUCUGUUCGGUGUCUUCCCCCUGCGUGGAAAGCUGCUCAACGUCCGUGAUGCAUCGUUCGACCAGAUUUCGAAGAACGCGGAAAUCCAGAACAUCAAGAACUUCCUCGGCCUGCAGCACAAGAAGGAGUACACCGAUACUCGCAGUCUUCGUUACGGUCACCUGAUGAUCAUGACUGAUCAGGAUCAUGAUGGAAGUCACAUCAAGGGCCUGCUCAUCAACUUCCUUCAGGCACAGUUCCCUAGCUUGCUGAAGAUUCCGGAAUUCUUGAUUGAAUUCAUCACUCCCAUUGUCAAGAUCUGGAAGGGAGACCCCAAGAGUCCUACCAAGCAGCGCUCCUUCUUUACCAUGCCCGAAUAUGAGGCCUGGAAGGAAGAGCAUAGCCACGAGCGUGGCUGGGACCACAAGUACUACAAGGGUCUGGGUACUAGCAGCACGGAGGAUGCUCAGGUCUACUUCCGGGACCUGGAUCGCCACCUGAAGGAAUUCCACACCAUGCAAGAUCACGAAGCUGGGCUCAUUGAACUGGCCUUCUCGAAGAAAAAGGCUGAUGAGCGUAAGGAAUGGCUGCGCCAGUUCCGGCCGGGUACCUACCUUGACCACUCCGUCGCCAAGAUCAGCUACACCGACUUCAUCAACAAGGAGUUGAUUCUGUUCAGUAUGGCGGAUAACAUUCGGUCCAUCCCCUCGGUCGUGGAUGGUCUGAAGCCCGGUCAGCGCAAGGUCCUAUAUACUUGUUUCCGGCGCAACCUCAAGAAGGAUAUGAAGGUCGUCGAAUUGGCGGGUCACGUCUCGGGUAUGACCGCCUACCAUCACGGUGAUGUCUCAUUGCAACAGACGAUUGUGGGCCUUGCCCAGGACUUUGUCGGCUCGAACAACAUCAACACCUUGGAGCCCAGUGGAAACUUCGGUAGUCGAUUGCAGGGUGGUUCCGACGCCGCCAGCGCUCGUUACAUUUACACUCGCCUGUCGCCCUUUGCCCGGCGGAUCUUCCAUGCACACGACGAGCCGCUGCUCACUUAUAACGAGGAUGAUGGUGCGAAGAUUGAACCCGAGACCUACAUGCCAGUCGUGCCCAUGAUCUUGAUCAACGGCUCGGAUGGUAUCGGUACCGGUUGGAGUUCCAACAUUCCGAACUACAACCCCGAGGACGUGGUCGACAAUCUGAGGCGGAUGCUUGAGGGCGAGGAAAUUAAGCCCAUGACCCCUUGGUUCAAGGGCUUUAACGGUGAAAUUACCCCGCUUGGCGGGGACCGGUACAAGUUCAGCGGUAUCAUCAAGGAGGCCGGAGACAAGGAGGUUGAGAUCACUGAACUGCCAAUCCGUACCUGGACCCAGGACUUCAAGGACAAGCUGGAGGAAAUUAUCAAGGGCGAUAAGACUCCGUCGUUCAUCAAGGACUACAAGGACUACAACACGCACACCAAGGUCCACUUUGUCAUCCAGAUGGAUGAGAAGAACUUGCAGGCCGCCGUGAAUCAUGGCUUGGAAGACAAGUUCAAGCUCUCCAAGACCCUUGCGACGACCAACUUGGUCGCUUUCGAUCCCGAGGGCCGGAUCACCAAGUACGCUACAGUCGAUGACAUUCUCAAGGAGUUCUACACCAUCCGUCUCAAGUACUACGAGCGUCGCAAGCAAUACCAGCUGAAAGAGAUGCAGAGAGAGCUGGACAAGCUCACCAACCAAGCACGUUUUGUCCAGAUGAUCAUCGACGGUGACCUAGUCGUCUCGAAGAAGAAGAAGGCUGUUCUCAUCAGUGAAUUGAAGAGUCGUGGAUUCAAGCCCUUCCCCAAGGUCGCAGAGGCGGUCAAGGCUGGCGAGGCAGAGCCUGUGGUUGAGGAGGAAGAAGAAGAAGAAGGAGGAGGAGAAGAGGACGCGGCGAACGUUGAAGUUGCCUCCAACGCCUACGACUAUCUGUUGGGCAUGGCUAUCUGGUCCUUGACCCAGGAACGCGUUGACAAGCUGCGUAAGCAGAUUGGCGAAAAGGAGAUGGAGAUCGACGCCUUGAUCAAGUUGUCCAAGGAGGACAUCUGGAAGCAAGACUUGGAAGACUUUAUCAACGAGUGGCGCUUCCAGCUCGAGGACGCAGACCGUCGCCAGCGUAAGAUUUCUGGCAUGGGCCGUCGCACAUCGAUGAAGCUCAUGACCGGUGGUCGUGCUCCCGCCAGAAAGCGCAAGGCGGCCCUUGGCGAUGAUCCCGACGAUGAAGACUUUGGUGCUCCUAAGACUAAGAAGUCUGCUGCUAAGAAGGCUGAGCCCAAGGGAGGUCUGAUGAACUAUUUACAAAAGCCGACAGCCAAGCCCUCGCCAGCUCCGAAGUCCGAUGACGAGGGUUCUGAUGAUGACUUUGCCAUGGAGGUAAUGCCCAAGAAGAGCCGUGCCGCACCCAAGGCUAAGCCGGCGCCAGCGCCGGAGCCGGAGCCGGAGCCCAAGGACGAGGAUGAGGAUGAGGACAUGGAUGAUGAGCCAGUGGUGGCCAGCAAGGGUCGUGGAGCGUCCAAGUCUGCGUCCAAGUCUCCUCAGGACGAAAAGGAUGAGGAUGACGACUUUGUCGAUGCACCGGAAGCUCCUCCUAAGAAGGGUCGGGGUGCGGCUGCGUCCAAGGCACAGCCCAAGACCAAGGCCAAGAAGGCGGCCAGUGAUGACGACGAUGCUUUUGAGGUAGAGGAGCGUCCUAAGAAGGGUCGUGCGGCAGCUAAGGCGAAGCCCAAGCCCAAGGAUGAUGAGGACGAAGAUGAUGAUGAUGAUGAUGUUUUUGAGGUGGAGGAGCCGCCAAAGAAGGGUCGUGCGGCAGCGAAAGCGAAGCCCAAGCCGAAGGACGACGAUGAUGACGACGAAGACGAUGUCUUUGAGGUAGAAGAACCGCCAAAGAAGGGUCGUGCGGCAUCCAAGGCCAAACCCAAGCCGAAGGAUGACGAUGAUGACGACUUGGACGACGAUGAUUUCGCCCAGAUCACCAAGUCCGAAGCCUCCAAAACCCAGCCCAAACCCAGCCGAGCCGCCCGCAAGCCAGUCAAGUACGCGGGUCUAGAUGACUCGGAGAGUGACUUCGGAGACGACAUGCUUGGCGAUGUCAGCAACAUGGUCAAGGGCAUCGGGGAUAAGGCGGGCGACGAUUCUCGUCAAUUCUUCUCCGAGCGGUCUCGUCCGACUAGCAGCUCCGGUUUAAAGGGGGUGACUGCGAAGCCCUCGCCCAGACGACUGUCUUCCGAAUUUGAUGCGGAUGAGACGGACUACAGCAAGUUGGUACCUCAGAACUCGCCUCACCGGUCGAUCCAGGUCAAGCCCAAGGAGUCCUCCAAGCUCGAGGAUGGCGAUGAGGAAGACGAGGAGGAACCCGUGAAGCCUGCACCCAAGGGCAGAGCGGCCGCUAAGGGCAAGGCUGCUGCUCCCAAGGCUGCUGCUCCCAAGGCUCGUGGCCGACCGAAAAAGGAUGCCACUACCGCCGCGAAGGCGCCCGCAACCAAGCAGACGACAAUGUCUCCUGCCGCCAAGGCUUACCAGGCCAAGCAGGCCAAGACGACCAAGAAGAAGCUGGCGGACGACUCGGACGACGACAUUGACGCCAUAGCCAAUGACAUUCUGGACUCGCCGGCGGGCAAAAAGGACGCGGAGUCGGAGGAAGACGAGGCACCUGUGCGCAAGCCGGCCGCUCGACCUUCGCGACGUACAGCAGCUACGAAGAAGUCGUACACGGUUGAUCCGUUUAGCGAUGAAGGGGACGGAGAUUCGGCGGAUGAUUUUGACGAGGAUAGCGAGUAG